AUGGAACAUUCAUUCAAAAGACGACACAGAAUACCCGCGUCUUGUCUGGUUUGUAGAAAGCGAAAGUCGAAGUGUGAUCGAGUCCGUCCAAUAUGUAGCUCCUGCCGAAAGAAACUGAUAGCUCACUUGUGUACAUACGAAGAUACAAAUCCUUAUCCAAUACCAGAACCGGGACCAAGUUUUAUCCCGGUAGGACAGAUGCCACCGCAUGGCCAGGGCGGAAUGGCUUAUGUGGCGCUUAACCCCCACAUGAUGCCCGUAAAUGCUUCACCAUUCCAGGUUGGUGUUCCCAAUAAGGCAAUCAAUCCAAUGCAGCAGCCUUACAAUCUAAGCUCACCUUGGCCCACGUCACAGAACCCUUUCUUUGCUCUGGUGCCAAAUAUCCAACCUCAGUCGUCUCAACAAACUUCCCAACCGUUUCCCCAGCAAAUGCCGUUGCAAGCUCAAGCGCCAACGCAAGCUAAGCUGGAGAUACAACUAGCUUCAUUGGAAAUACCUGCUUCGAACCCAGACGACUUGAAGAAUCAUGCAGGUGUGAACAACUCAGCAGUUUCGGUAGGCGGGCCCGAUCCCCAACUGACUGAGCCACCGACAUAUUAUCUGCAAGCAAAUAAUCGCUCUGUUCAUUCGGGGAGCUACUCUCGUAAUUCUGAUGUCUCAGAGGCCCUGAAUCAACUAUCACGAAUGAGUCUGAGUCUGCAACAGUCUGCUCACUCGGAUCCUAGAAGACAGUCGAGUACAUUCCUGUAUUCCAAUAUUUCAAAUGCUCUGAAUAUGGAACUGCCUCUAAUAGACCAAACAAAUUUAAAAAUUCCCUCCUUAUCUGUUUCAAAUGCAUUGGUCAGCUCCCAGAAUACACCCGCUGGCGUGUCCAGUGGAAUUAAUUACGAGAGUUUGGUCCAGAAAGAAAAAGAUGAAGCAAUCGCGCCUCCACAUCCUUACAGGCCCGAAAGCUCUCUACCGACUCCUGAAACAAUGAGCGUAAAAAAUGAGUCGCACAUACAAAAACUAGAUCGUGCGAAGAGCUCAUCACUUGAUUCUUUGAACGUACAGUCUCCUGCUAGAAACCUCAAAGAAUCUAUAAUAAAGUUCAAAGUGGACAAAAGUACUCCCAUUCUGGGCAAGAAACGAAAAAGUGCGGAUUCUGAAUCGCCCGGCAAAGUUCAACUACCUGAAAAAGCUGAAAAAUCAUACGUAUCCGUUGCGAUCGGGACAAGGCUACUUAACAUUGACUCUGAAGACUCCCUUACGUUUUUUGAAGAUGCGUCUUAUGCAUUGAUGGUUGAAGGUCAUUUUUGGCAGCAGCAAGGGCCAUUGUCAUAUGUUGGACUAACCAAAACAGACCCUUUUAUCAAACUCGUUCGUAAUUUCACAACAGAUCUUUUCAAAAGCGAACAAUUUUCGAAGUAUGUUUCAAGAAAAAAACAAAAAAAGCAUUUGAACAGUUCGGCUUCCUCUAGCAGUUCAAUCAACCAUACCGAUACAAGUAUGUCAGAUCACCGUGGAAAUAAUCUCGAGGGUAUCAAAGAGGAAAGUACAGCUCAAAGCUCUGCUGAGGAAGAUGAAGAAGAAGGUGAUGUUUUUGAAGAGGAUGCAUUGAUUGUCACAAAAAUUAGGCCAGAUUCUUCAAAAGAGGACAGUAGCGAGCAAUUUGGAGUAGCACCUAAACCAAUUUUGCUUCUUCCUGGUAUCCCAUCUCUACAUUCUCUUCAUUCCAUCAAAGGAGUUUACUUCAGCUUUGUGGAGGACAACAUUCUACUGGUUUUACCUCGAAAGACUGCCAUGUCAACGGCGAUCUAUAUGUAUUUCCGAUAUGUUCACCCAUUUAUUCCAAUAUUGCACGAGCAGACAUUUUUGCAAGACAUCCGGCCCUUGUUUCGUUCAUCUGAGGAAGGAAAGCUGUACCACUCCUCUAUCUCAAUAAAGAGUGAAAAUCAACAAAACUUAGCAGGAAUGCUCUUGCUAGUUAUUCGGCUUGGCUAUAUGACUUUGAUUCCCAACACUGACACAGAAGCCAAAUAUACAAAGAAAGAGCAAGAACUCAUAAAAGAUAUCACAAGAUUCAAGAGUGAUCAUUACAUGGGUGUGGUGGAUUUAUGCAUACCCGAGGAAAAGGUCAAGACAAAGUCUACUUUCAAAUACGUUCAAUGUUUGGCUCUUCUAUUUUUCUACAGAUCAGUGGCACCCAAUGAUUGUUUGGGUCUCAGUGGGUCUGACUCUCAGCUAUUGUUUGGAGCCUUAGUCAAUCAUGCACUCUCGAUAGGCCUCAAUAGAGACCCGAAAAACUACAUUGGGAUCCGAAGCAUUUGUAAAAACAAGCAUUCCGUUGAGAUGUGGCGUAAUCUUUGGUCAUACAUUGUUCAAACAGAUGCUGAGAUCUCUAUUUACUGUGGUACGGCAUUGAAAAUCCCAGAUAUUAGAUUAAGCGAUGUGAAAUCACCAACAUUUGAGAAGGAAAUGACAGAGGAAACUGAAUAUUUUGAAAAAAUUCAGGAUGUUCAUGCAUGCUAUAGAAGAAUAGUCUCGCAAAUCACUAAUUUGGCAUCAAAGCCAAAGGUGGUAGAUAUCCUAUCGGAAACAAGCUAUUUGGAAACCAAGUUCUUAGAGAUUUUUGGAGAAAAUUUCUUCAGAGAUUUUGUUUGUCGACCAGCAGGCAAAGAAGACAAGAUGAAUGGGUUGGAUUCAUUAAAGGUUGAUAAGUUUAUCAGGUUCAUUAGCAUUAGAGUGAACCUUUCAUGCUUCUACUUCUUGAUUGUGCUACACUAUGAACAAAAGGUAGACAAUAAUGUCGAGACAGACAUGGGUGCCGGCACUGAGCUCUUCAAAAUAUUUAUUAAAAGUGCUGUACAAGUUGUUUAUAUCAUGACAUACGCUCUUGAUAACUCGCAGGAGCUUUUCGGCCGAUAUUUCGAUUGGCUUCUUACCUCAAGAAUUGAACAUUCAAUGAUCAAAACUCACAGUUUUGCCACUAGUGUUUUCAUCCGCAUUGUGAAUAUGAAGCGCACGCUUACCUGUCAGGCGUUGCAACAACUGCAGUCAGAAAGUUCUACUGAAGGUAAAGACCCCAAAUUUUCACAAGCACGCAUGGAUGUCGUGGAUUCGUUGUUUGGAAUUUCCAUCACCGAAGCUGAGCUCUUUGUAGGUAACUUCCGGGCUCUUAGUAAGACACACAUCAACUCAUACAAACUCUACGUGAUGGCAUAUUUUGCGCUAAAACAAUGUAUGGAGAACCCGGAGCAUAUACUCAAAGGUUUCACAGGACAGUCUCGACUGUUCUUUCAUAACGGUACCAAUCUCCUUCUGUCGCUUUCGUUGACAGAGCUCGAAAGUAUGAGUGAGCUCUGCGAAGAGUUCCGUAUUGCUAAGAUCGAUUCCUUACGACGCAAACGAAGCCACGUCAAGGCAGAAGAAACGCAGCAAAAGGGUCUCACUGAACAUUCAGCAAAUACUAAUUUGUUUGCUGGUAAACAGAGUGAGCUGGCAGAAGCACCUACGCUUCAGACCAACAUCGGGGACACUCCGUUGUCGAUGGCCACAAACGAGACAGACAAUAUGAACUCUUUCUUAGAGGAUGAUUUGGACUCAAUGGCAGAAGAAUUUGACGCUUUGUUGGCAAAUCGCACCAUGUACGCCAAUGACAACACUGUCAAUACUUAUGGGUUGUUGCAGCCGCGGCACAUGGAUGCCAAAUUUCAGAAGGAGGUAUUCGAUUCUCAGAGCAUGAUAGGAAAUGACGAGCUAUUCCAGCUUUUUGAGAUGUUCGGAGACCUCGAUUAA